GUGCACUACAGAGCAGUUUCAUGUACACUGAAAAGGUAACAUGGGCAUAUUAUCUCUUGUCCUGCUCUUGCUUUCAGCCCAGUGGUCCUGUGCUCAGGAAGACCCUCUUCUGCCUUUCUCUGAACACCUGGACCCCGAGCACAAUGUGCGGCUGAAGUGGGGCUUUGAUGAGAUCCAGGGCACCAUCUUGUUCGAGCUCACUGUCAACACCAGCGGCUGGGUCGGUUUUGGCUUCAGCCCCAAAGGAGGAAUGACUGGAGCCGAUAUUGUCAUUGGAGGAGUUGGACCGAAAGGCAGUUACUUCACGGACCGUCAUGCUGGGGGGAAUUCAAUGCCAACGGUUGACCAGCAACAGAACUACAAACUCCUGUCUCUAAACGAGUCUGACGGGAAAACAAUCAUGAAGUUUCAGAGAUCCAUUGAGUCUUGUGAUGGAAAUGAUUUACCCAUCACUAAUCUUCCCAUGAAGCUGAUCUAUGCGUACGGACAGAGUGACGACAUCAUGUACCACAAUAACCGAAGGGGAACGAAGGAGGUGAACCUGUUGAAGUACAUGCCUCGUGUCAACCCUCCAAACAGCAAGUAUUUCGACGUGACUAUGGUCAAUUUCACUGUACCAACCAACCAAACCUACUAUCACUGCAAGGUCAUGAAAGCCCCGACUUUUGAUCGCAAACAGCACAUUUAUCGCAUUGAGCCGUUUAUCACAAACUUCGACCUUGUGCAUCAUCUGCUGCUGUACCGCUGCCCGCCGAGUGUGAUGGAGCCGUCUGAAGCAGAAUGUUACACAAAGUUGAGGAGCGAUGUGUGUAUGGAGACCAUUGCAGUAUGGGGAGUUGGCGGAGGGACUUUUGAACUCCCUGAGAUGGCAGGACUUCCAAUUGGAGGAAAUGUUGGUGAUUUUUUCUACAGGCUUGAAGUGCAUUACAACAACCCAAAUAAAAGUGCAGGUCGAGUUGAUAACUCAGGUCUGCGAUUCUACUACACAUCUGAACUCCGUCAGCAUGAUGCAGCUGUUUUAGGGAACAGGGCUUGUAGUGGCCCCUGGGUACGCCAUCCCACCCAACGCCAAAUCCUUCCUCACAUACGGCCUGUGUGACACUGCUAAUAUUCCAAAGGUAUACAUGUAUUAGCUUCUCACAUUCUCACAAUCAAAGGCAGACUCAGCAGAUGACUGGAUGAUCUGUUGUGCUCUGUGCUCUACAGG